CCUGUUUGGCCGCGCAUCUCGCGAGAGCCCCUGUGCGGUGCGCUGGGCGCCCCCGUGCCGUGCGCGGAGCCGCGAGCGGCCGGGCGCCAUUUCGGGAGCAGCCGCGGAGCUACAGACGGGGCCAGACCGGCACUGGGACCGACUCACGGCCGUGCCGCCCCUCGCCGCCCGCUCCCCGGGGCUGCUUGAGCGCCGCCGUCCAUUUAAGAUUCAGACGCCUGGAGAAGGUGCUCAAGCCCUCGGGCCCGUUCCCCACCGCCAGGGCAGUGACGCCGGAGCCGCCGCUGCCGGACCUCGGGGCCCUAGCGAGGAUAGCAGUGCCCGCGGCGCAGGUGUCCUGAAAAAUGGCUGAUGAUAUUGAUAUUGAAGCAAUGCUUGAAGCUCCUUACAAGAAGGAUGAGAACAAAUUGAGCAGUGCCAACGGCCAUGAAGAACGCAGCAAGAAGAGAAAAAAGAGCAAGAGCCGAAGUCGAAGCCAUGACAGAAAGAGGAGCAGAAGUAAGGAACGCAAACGGAGCAGAGAUCGGGAACGGAAAAAGAGCAGAAGCCGGGAAAGAAAACGGAGCAGAAGCAAAGAACGCAGACGCAGCCGGUCUAGGAGUAGAGAUCGAAGAUUCAGAGGCCGCUAUAGAAGUCCCUAUUCUGGUCCAAAAUUCAACAGUGCCAUCAGAGGGAAGAUUGGUCUGCCUCACAGCAUCAAAUUAAGCAGACGUCGCUCCAGAAGCAAAAGUCCUUUCCGAAAAGACAAAAGCCCUGUUAGAGAACCUAUUGAUAAUCUUACCCCUGAAGAGAGGGAUGCUCGAACAGUGUUCUGCAUGCAGUUGGCUGCAAGAAUUCGACCAAGAGACCUGGAAGAAUUUUUCUCUACAGUAGGGAAGGUUCGUGAUGUGCGAAUGAUUUCAGAUAGAAAUUCCAGACGUUCAAAGGGGAUUGCUUAUGUUGAAUUUGUUGAUGUUAGUUCAGUGCCUCUGGCAAUAGGACUGACUGGACAGAGGGUCCUGGGUGUACCUAUCAUAGUACAGGCAUCACAGGCAGAGAAAAACAGAGCAGCAGCAAUGGCAAAUAAUCUGCAGAAGGGCAGUGCUGGACCUAUGAGGCUCUAUGUGGGAUCAUUGCACUUCAAUAUAACUGAAGAUAUGCUUCGAGGAAUCUUCGAGCCAUUUGGCAGGAUUGAAAGUAUUCAGCUCAUGAUGGACAGUGAAACUGGACGCUCAAAAGGAUAUGGAUUCAUUACGUUCUCAGACUCUGAGUGUGCCAAAAAGGCCCUGGAACAACUCAAUGGAUUUGAGCUGGCUGGGAGGCCAAUGAAAGUUGGACAUGUAACUGAGCGUACUGAUGCUUCCAGUGCUAGCUCAUUUUUGGACAGUGAUGAGUUGGAACGGACUGGAAUUGAUUUGGGAACAACUGGUCGCCUUCAGUUGAUGGCAAGACUUGCAGAAGGUACUGGUUUGCAGAUUCCUCCAGCUGCACAGCAGGCUCUGCAGAUGAGCGGAUCUUUGGCCUUUGGAGCUGUGACAGAGAAAAUUACUACCAGGAAUUAUGUCAUUGUGGGAGACUUUAACUUCCCCGAUACAGAUUGGAGAAGAAUUGCUAGUAAUAAUGGUGGGGCCCAGAUAUUCCUGGAUGUGAUAUCCGACAAAUUUCUUCAUCAAACACUCACUGACUCAUGAAGAGGGGAUGCUAUUUUAAACUCAAUUUGGUAAGUAAUGAAGAUAUUAUGGAUGAGAAUAGAAAUGACCAUUGACUUGAGGGAUCGUGAGUUGCUCACAUUUAAAUGGAAGGAUACACAAACAAGUCUAACUGAUGGUUGAAGAAACUAAGGCAAUUAAGUCAUCUGGUCUGAGCAACUUGGGUGUUUGAAUAGGCAGGAUGUGAAAAGUUUCUUCUGUUUCACAUUGCUAAUGCUGUGUUGGAUCUGUAUUCUACAGAAAGAAGAAGAAGAAGUUCUAUUAGUGUGGGCUCCACACUUAACCUGGGUGAUCAGCUACCUCAAAAGAAAUAAGGAAUGACCACACAGCCUAUGAAGAAUAGGAAAAAUGACUGAUAAUAAAACAGUAUUUUUAGUUUGGGAAACAGAUAAAAAGAUAAUUGUCUGCCAACAGUCAGAUUGAGUUAGACAUUGUUAAAGUCAUGAAAGCAAUAGAUGAAGGUUUAUCAACUCUUGAAGACAAAAAAACAAAAAAGGAAGUGGGACUCAGGUGAAUGAAAAACUACUUCCAAGAUGCUUCUGUGUAUUUAGUUGCCUCAUCUUGUAGUGGGAAUACUGGUCAUAAGGUUUAGAAUUUGAGGAAGGUAAGCUAGGAGUAUGUAGUUCAAAAAUAAAAAAGGAAAAUUAUUCCGAAUGUAGAAAGAAAGCUGUAAGUAAGAGGCUAAUGUAAACAGUUCAGAGGAGUAAAAGUCCCACAAAAUGAGUGAUGGAAUACAUGUAUGAAACAUGAGAUCUCAUUGCUGGUGUUGUCAAUUUUAAGUCCAUGAUAUGGUAUAUAGCUGAAACAUGUGACUCUAAAUUAUACUUAAAGUACACUUGAAGGAAGAGCAAUGUGGUCUGGCCAGAUUCUGGUCCCGUUACUGAGUAGGCUUUGCUCCUUCAGAAUUCAUACUAAAGAAGGGUAAACUGGAGAAUACUAUGAAAGUAUAGCAUACUGUCAGAAACUGUAUUUAAAGACCAACAGUCGUUGACUAAAUUGCCUUUCCAUGGCAGAGGAGGAGCAGCUUCUUGCUGAUCUUUAGACUCCUGUCAUUUGGAAGUUGAGUAAUAAACUAAACUGGAGAAGUGAGUAAUAUAGGAGGUACAAGGUGUGUCAGGAAGCUGGCUCAGAAAAGGAAGGAUUUUUUUGCAGGUGAAAGCUGGGACAGUUGAAGGCUAAUGGUAAAGCCAAAGUUCAGAUGUUUGGCUAGUCUUGUGUAAUAUUUACAUGAAUGAAAAUGGUCAGCAGUAGAAAUGAGGUGAAUAAAUGUGUAGAUGCUGUCAACAAGAAAUUCUUGGGGUGUUGUAUAUUGUUCACGCCUUCAGGGUUAAAUCAAAUUCCACUCACAUAGUCUGGGAGCUUAGCAAUGGAAGAAUGGCCAGGGAGGAGAAAAUAUCUAAAUGCUUCAGUGUAUCAGUGCCAGAACGUGUCAUGGCAGCAUGAUACAUAGUUAAAAUAUUAGCUGUGUUCCUAGAGGCAAGUAGGCCUGAGCAUCUGAGGUGUAAUAUAUACAUCUGCAAACACUUCUGAUAAUCCAUGUUCAAGAGGGAGUCAAACUGAAGUAGGGGAAGUAAAGAAUUAGUUCUAGGGGAUGGCUGAGAAUUUGGCCAUCCAGCAGGAAAAAGAAUUUGAAGCGCAACAGUUGUCACUGUGUACUCCCUGUUCUCUUUCUGAACAUAGGAAAUUUACAAUAAUCAGCCUAUAGAACAUUCUUGUAAUGUUUUGUGGGACAAAGCUAUCUGUUUAUGGAAAAAAUUGAUGUGGUGUGCUGCAAAAGAGGAAGAGAUAGCUAUUAUCAUCCUGGACCUCUAUUUGGUCUCUGUUCUAAGUAAUGACUCAAGACCCUGGGCAAUGUUUGGCAGGCUUUGGCCUUUUUAAAGCCAUUUGGAUUUCAAAAUAAACGUUUUAUUUUAAGACACAAAAUUCUUUGAUAGAUAUGUCUUUAUUUUUGCUUUCUCUGUACACUAAGCAUGUACUCCCAUUGUGUUAAACUUGCUGCUCUUACAGGUGUUAUAUAAGAACAUACUGGAAAAGUUACUUUGAUCUGAAUUGGUCAGAUGUAUUAAUUUUAGUUUCUGCAUACUAUUUAAAACUAUGUGUAGGGAAACAUGAAUUGACAGUAUAGAGUGACAAUUAAUUUCUUAAUUCUGAGUGAUUUUAGAAGUGAGCGGACAGGACCGUUCUUCAGUCAUGAGCAACAGGAGAAUCCAUUUAAUUGAUAAAAGAUCUGGUGACCAGUAGGUUAUGUUUCAAAAGUGGUAAAUAAUUUACCUGUGAAACUG